AUGGAUCUUAACACUCGCAAGAGUGCUAUUCUCACAUACACUAGAUCAAAUGCUCCUAUCACCUUCAACUAUCAGUUCGAUGGUGAUGACCUGAGUAGGGUCAACACAUUUAAAGACCUUGGAGUAAUGAUGAACUCCACGCUUAGUCCUUGGGACCAUGUCGUUCAUGUGUGUAACAAAGCUAACUCGUUACUUGGAUUCUUGUGUCGAACGUCAGGGGAUUUUCGUUCUCCAUUUACACUUGCCACUCUUUUCAAGUCCAUAGUCAGACCGGUCCUGGAGUACUCUUCCGUUGUUUGGUGUCCUUACCAACUUGGACAUAUUGCCCUUCUCGAACGGCUGCAGAUCAGACUUUUAAGGCUCAUUGGGUUGCGUCUUGGAUACCAGUACCUGGAGAAGCCGGUUGAUGCCCUUCGACCAUCUCUUGGACUCGCACUUCUGUCAACUAGAAGGAAGAUUGCUGAUGUGAUGUUGUUGCACAAGAUUGUGAACGGCGCAAUAGACUGUCCUGAUCUUUUGACUCUGCUUGAGUUUCGUGCGCCUCGGGCAACGCGUUCACAAGACAUGUUUUGCAGGCGUGCCUCGCCCUCGCUCUACAUCCAACACAGCGCCAUUCCUCGACUGAUGAGGGAGGGGAAUGAAUUCUGUAGAAAUGUGGACUUUUUUGGUUCAUCCUAUCAGCCUUUCCGCAGGUGCUUACUCAAGAUGAUGUGUAGUGCUAAUCCGUAG